AUGUCCUCCGCAACCACCUUCUUCGAUUUCGAGCCCGCCGACAAAAAGGGCCAGCCAUUCCCCCUCGCCUCGCUGAAAGGCAAGGUCGUCCUCGCCGUCAACACCGCCUCCAAGUGCGGCUUCACCCCUCAAUUCGAGGGCCUCGAGAAGCUCUACAAGGAGCUCAAGGCCGAGUACCCCGAGGACAUUGAAAUCCUUGGCUUCCCCUGCAACCAGUUCAAGUCGCAAGACCCGGGCUCCAACGACGAGAUCCAGUCCUUCUGCCAGCUCAACUAUGGCGUGACCUUCCCCGUGCUCGGCAAGCUGGAUGUGAACGGUGACCAGGCUGCGCCGGUCUUCACGUUCAUGAAGGAGGCUGUCCCCGGUACCCUCGGCCUUAAGCGUGUCAAGUGGAACUUUGAGAAGUUCUUGAUCGCGGCCGAUGGUAAGGUUGUUAACCGUUGGUCAUCGCUUACCAAGCCCGAGAGUCUGAAGGAGCCUAUCGUCCAGGAGAUUGAGAAGGCUAAGAAGGCUGGUAUUUCGGCUUCUGCCCUGAAGGCUGCUGAGGGUACUGAGCAGGCUAAGCUCUCGUGA